UGAAAUUUUCAUCAAUAAAGCAAGCGAUCUCACACCCACAGAGCAAGGAAAGUAAAAAAAGAAGAAAAAAGGGCACCGGAAGCAAGAAGGGAGAGGUAGAGAGAAAUAAAGAAGAAAGAGAACAGCAACAAGUUGUUCAGACAGCCACCUCGUUCUUGAUCGAACGAAGUGCGUUUGUUUCCUUUCUUCCAAAUUUCUCAAACAAAACUACCUUAAACGAAAAUGGUAUCCGUUCAGUUCGCCGGCACCACCCAGAAAUGCACAGCAUGCGAUAAAACUGCAUAUCUGGUUGAUCGCCUCACUGCUGACAACCGCAUCUUCCACAAGGCUUGCUUCCGCUGCCACCACUGCAAAGGCACCCUCAAGCUCGGAAACUACAACUCCUUUGAUGGGGUGCUCUACUGCAAGCACCACUAUGAUCAGCUCUUCAAGAGGACUGGUAGCCUCGAGAAGAGCUUCGAAGGAGUAUCAAAGAUCGUUAAGACAGAAAAGACUCUCGAAAGCAGGGUCUCGGGCUUGUUCGGAGGAACCAGGGAGAGAUGCACUGGUUGUGCUAAGACAGUUUAUCCCAUUGAAAAGGUGACUGUGAAUCAAGCAGCAUACCACAAGAGCUGCUUCAAGUGCAGCUACGGAGGGUGCACGAUAAGCCUGUCGAACUACAUUGCGCACGAGGGUGUGCUGUUCUGCAAGCACCACCACAUGCAGCUCAUCAUGGCCAAGGGAAACCUCAGCCAGCUCGAGACCGAAGCCAUCAAGGAAUCAGCCGGGGUGGCUCCAACUUUUGUUGCUGAAAUCAUUGAUUUUGAAGCCGAAGCCAAAGAACCUUCACCUCAAUAGUGUCUCUAUCUGUCUCUAGAUAUCGAUCUCUCCGUGUCUCCCAAAAAUUUUCCUGUUUUUUUCUUAAUUUUUUAGGUUUUUUCUUUUUCCGGGUGUGAAUUUUGAUGUUAUUGCUAGAUCAUAUGAGCAGGAUUUUGAUGUAAAUUGUAUUUUCAUCAAUAUAAUUGGACAGAACUUCGAUCUUUAA